AUGACAAAGGAACAUUUCGACCUACCCCACGGCGAUGGCUCGUACAAGAUAUUCGGUAUGGAGAACUUUGGGAACUCAUGCUACUGCAAUUCCAUCCUCCAGUGUCUCUUCCACACAAGCAAGUUCCGGGAACGUCUUCUUCGGUAUAAGUACGAGCCCCACGAAAGAAUUCUGUCUGUCCAGGGCCAAAACGGUCACAACUUCUCCUUUAAGUACGAGCAGUUGUACCAAAAGAGACUUAAAGAACAAGGCAAGCCCCCAGAGUCUGCUGGCAGCAGUGUGGGCAAUGGCUCUGCUCCCCUGACGAACAGCAGACCUUCUAUACGAAACUCGAUUUUUGGAAAAUUCAGCACCAACUCUACCCCUAUCACGACCACGGACGAAUCCGCCACAUUUGUGCCACCAAAGAAACUAGACUAUGUGUAUGAGGCGGGUUCGUGUGACGCGUUGAAUACAGAGCAGAGAAUGAUGGUGAAAAGACACCCAGAGUUGAACGGGCUUCAGAUUCUUGUUACAAGACCGCUGCCUACUACUGCUUCGCUGACAAAUGAUACAAGGAACGAUAAUUCCACAUCUUCCACCGCUUUACUUGAUAGCGGAAACAGCAAUAACAAUAAUGUCAAUACUGCUGAAUUGGCUGCUCCCAUCACCUCACGACUGGCGUUUGUCGUUGUGGGUAUUCCUCAUCCAGAGACAGCCCUCGCGAACCCGAUCAACCCCUUUAACCCUAAUCCGGCCAGCGACCAACGUAAACGGUCUGCUCUUAUAAACGGACCUAUCAUCAACCUUGACCAUCCGCUUCGCGAGGAUGGAAGAACGGCGGAAACGUCUUUGUUGUACGCGCUUAAGGAUAUGUUUGAGGCUAUGGCUGAAAACCAAUCUCAGAUCGGUGUUGUAUCUCCAAAUCACUUUAUUGAAAAGCUCAAGGAGAAGAAUGCCCUUUUCCGUCAGGUUAACAUGCAUCAGGAUGCCCACGAAUUCUGCAACUACCUUAUUAACGAGACAAUUGAAAGUAUCAACUUGGAAGUUGGAGCUUCGAAGAACUGGUGUACAGAAAUCUUCCAGGGAACCAUUACAAACGAAACAAAAUGCUUUUCUUGUGAAACGGUGACUUCUAAAGAUGAAACUUUCCUUGACCUUUCAAUUGAUAUCCCUCCAGGAGAAUCCGCUUACUCGCUCACUUACUCGUUAAACAACUUUUCCAAACUGGAGAUCUUGAGUCACCAAAAUAAAUUCUACUGUAAUACGUGCCUGUCGUUACAAGAAGCUGUCAAGACAAUCAAGCUUAAGAGUACACCCGAUGUGUUGGUCAUCAAUUUCAAACGUUUCAAGUAUGAUGAUAAACUCGAUCGUAUGGUGAAGUUAUUCGACUCCAUUUCCUACCCACUUCGCCUCAGACUAUUCAACACCACGAAAGACCAAGAGCCUGCUACUCCGAACCAGGAAUCUAAGCUUUAUGGUCUAUAUGCAUUGGUUGUACACAUUGGUGGUGGGCCAAUGCAUGGCCAUUACGUCGCCUUAUGCAAAUGCCGAGCUGGUCUCUGGUUUUUGUUUGACGAUGAGACAAUUGAGAUUGUGGACGAAGCAUAUGUGCUCCGAUUCUUCGGUGACGGGCCCGGUUUGGCCAGUGCCUACAUUUUAUUCUACGAGAAACUAGACACAACGAUUGGCGAGGAUGGCGAAACGCACGAUUUCGGAAUCGAUCUCAAUGGAAUUUACAAUGGAAGCGACUACUCGAUGGCGUACAUGAAGCCAAGCAAUGAUUCAAACGCAAGUGUCAAUAACGCUAAGGCUGCCGAUGACUCUUUGGUUGAAGUCGAGAACGAUGAAGAUAGCGUAAGAGACUUUUUACCUGAAUCGCUGGUUUCUCUCGAGAACAGUUCCAUCGGCAUGGGCCGCAAGACAUCCAUCUUCAAGAAAACCUUCAUGUUCGACAAUAAAGACAGCAAAGAAAACAAGGACCACAACAAGGACUCCAUCAGCAACGGAAUUGCCGAAGCUGCAUCCAAGACAGUGUCACGUACAUCUUCUAACAAAGAUGGCGUAGAAAACGUCCCACCCACAGCCUAUGCGCCUGCAGGUUUUUCGGAGCCCAAACCACCGCCUCCAGUGGUGAAGAAGUCCUGGGUCAAUGGCCUUAAACGGAGAGAGCUGAAGGUUGAAUUACAAGAAAACGAAAGAAAAGGGUCUCAAGGAAGUAUUUUGACAAACAGCAGUGGCAAAACUUCCGACAGUAAAGAAGACAAGAAGAAACGGGGAUUCUUCUCGUUUAAGCGAAAGCCGAAGAACUAA